AUGACGAGAGACAAUGUGAUUGUCGAUGUGCAUACCCAUAUCUAUCUACCCGAGUACCUUGAUAUGUUACGAGAACGGUCUCAAGUGCCACGUAUUCUUCCUCCAUUACAAGAAGGCCAAGACGAGCGGUUGGUGAUCCUUCCAGAUGAGGACAAGGGUGUAACGACCAAGCAUGGACGACCUGUUGGACCUGCUUAUUAUGAUGUGCGUGAGAAGCUUGCGUUUAUGGAACAACAUGACAUUGAUAUUUCGGUGGUGAGCCUGGCGAAUCCAUGGCUUGAUUUCUUACCUGAUACUAAGGAGACCGCCCACUGUGCUCGUCGAUUGAAUGAAGCCAUGGAGACCUAUUGUCAACAAGGAAACGCUAAACGACAACUUUUUGGGAUGGCAACGUUACCCUUAUCAUCGAUUGAUGCAUCCAUUGCGGAGGUUGAGUACGUGGCGACACACUUGCCCCAUCUUCGAGGCGUGAUUAUGGGCACAGCUGGAUGUCAAGGACGUGGAUUAGAUGACCCAGCGUUGCUACCUCUCUAUGAAGUCUUGGCACGUCAUCAAUUGGUGAUCUUCCUUCAUCCUCAUUAUGGCGUGAAUCUUCCAUCAAGUAACCAUCACAAUAAUGGCCAUGCAGUUGCCCUUGCAUUAGGUUUUCCAUUUGAAACCACGUAUGCAGUGACCCAAUUGAUUUUAGCGGGCGUCCUGGACAAGGUACCUAAUCUCAAGAUCCUUCUUGCCCAUGCGGGUGGCACACUCCCUUUCUUGGCAGGCCGACUUGAUUCGUGUGUAGCGCAUGAUCCAGCAGUAGCCAACCGAUUACAACAUCCACCUUCCCACUAUCUCAAAAUGUUGUAUUAUGAUGCCGUCAUUUAUCAUUCAACAGGCGUCAAAGCAGCGGCUGAUCUUGCAGGUACAGAUCGACUUUUAUUUGGUACAGAUCAUCCCUUCUUCCCUCCCCUUGAGAAAAGCAAGUCAUCUCGAUGGAUGUCGGUCGAUAGUAAUUUGGAGGCUAUACGACAUGCAGGAUUGGAUCAAGAAAAAGUCACUGAUAUCAUGGGUAGAAAUGCAUUGAAACUCUUUGGUAUUAUUCAAUAA